UCAGUGCAGCAGAAGCAAAAAAAGCAGAACUAGUGCAAGUUGAGACAGGCGCCGUUGUCACUCGAUCAAUCAGAUUCCGGUGGUCGUGUUUGUAAUUUCCUUUCCGAUAGAAAAUCAUUAAUCCAGUGUUUAUUCUCGAUAUCUCAAGCCCUGGAACGUGUCAAAGUAUUGGAGAUUCUAGCUAAUCUGGAACUGGCGAUUUAGAUUCAGUGAAUUUUGUCAGUGAAGUACGAGCAUUACUCAAAAUGACGGUCAUCACCAAAGCGAUGCUGGAGAAGAAGUCGACGGAUAAAAUGGAGCAGCCAUUAGUUGUGGAUGAGUCGACGGAAAACAAAGGGGAUCCAGAGGCUCAACGUCCCCCACGAGACAUGGCCGGGCAUUAUCUGAUUCUCCGUAGGAUCAGACCAAAUCUUGGACCGAAUUCAAUGACACUCUAUUGUCUGUUAUUCACCGCACUACUUGGCAUGAGCAUCGGUGUCAUCGGUGGUGUUUAUAUCUACAAGCGUUAUGCAAGAGAACAAAUGCAUAGAUUCAGAACUGGCUGGUACAGCAUUCCUUACGAACGAAUGGACAACAAGCUACCAUUGUUGAGUGAUGCAUUGGCUGCUGGAAUACCACCUGACAGUGACCUAUUCAAAACUCUUGCACGUGACACAGAAAGGGAGGCACUGGUGCUUGAAAAAUCAGCUGAAAAUAAUAUUCGUAAUUUCUUCCAAGAGAGCUUGGAAAUGGAUUUUGAGAAUCAACAUGAGGAAAUUGAUGUUCCGGAUUUCAGGGGAGGACGACAGGGGCGAUUCAUUCAUGAUUUCAAUAUUAACCUCACAGGAAUUAUCGACCUUGAUAGUCACUCCUGCUUUGUCAUGCCGUUGAACAGACAGCGAGUUCUCCCUCCGAAGAACAUGUACGAUCUACUCGAUAGGAUGAGCAACGGAGACUACGAGGUAAACACUGAAGUAGUCAGGGAGACUAUGAGGGCAACAAUUCCACCCAUCAGUGAUCGAUCAUCAGUGGGAACUUACAUUGCUCGAGAGUGCAAGCACAUGCCAAUUUAUCAGUUGGAGAAAAUCAGUAACUCCAACAAUGGAAUUGUCAAACGCAGUGUUGACGGUGUUCUCUUCGGUCAAUUCGCAGGAAAUAACAUCGUCGAAUACGACAUCUCCAACAUUGGCGAGGUCUUGGAAAAAGCCUCAGCAAAAUAAGUUAAUCGCAUAGAAAAAAGUUAAAAACAUAUAUAUUAACAAAAAAUGACAGAAGAGUCACUCAGUAGAUAUAAUAAACACUUGUUCCUCCCCCAUCAUCAACCAGAAUUACUACUCAAUCAUGUUCCAGAAAAAGUUGAUAAAGCAGUUUAAUUACAUCUCAUCUUCCUGAUUAUGGGAUUGUCCAGAUAAUCAGCGAUAUGAAGAGGAUUCGUUAAACAAUAUCUCAGUUGAUGGAUUCACUCAGCUUUACAUGUUUUACAAUUUUAUCGUAAAAUCGUUGAAUCCCUGGACAAAUGUAUAAUUACUGGAGAUUCCACGUUUAUCUUGAAUACAAUUUAUCACUUCACGGAUUUGACAGCGUUGAAAAAUCAACCAGAGCUGUCUAGCUUUUACAGAACGACCUAAUGAGCCAUAAUUAAUGAUUUCUGGAGUUUUUAAUACUCUUGAAGAAUGAAAUACCCCAAUGCCAUUCGUCAAUUCCAUCUGAUGAAGAGCGAACGUCUGUGAAUUCAGUUGCGAAAUAGUGAAACAGUUUCAGUCGACUGAUUACCGAUCAGUGUUGAGUAAAUAUUUUAGAACUUACGCAGAUGUAAUAAUUUUUGUUAUAAUCUUUUCCGUAGCUGAAAGUUGGUUCCACCAAAAAGGUCAUCACGAAAAUUUCAGUAUCUCCGGUGGCGUGAUGAACAUUCGAUAAACGCUCAAUCGUAAGCCGAGUCGAUUGAAUUGUUUAACAUUUCCGAGGGAUUUCUACUAGGUGUUUUUUGCAGGAUCAUUAGAGAUUUGUAGGGACAUGAGUAAAGCCAAAAUAUGAUUGAAGAAAAUUCAGAAAAUUUGUAAGGCUGACGGAGACCUACCCAAGUAGAUGUCAUUUUAUUUAAUGAGAAAAAAAAACGUAGGAAAUACUCGUAUUUUACAGACGUGUUUUGUAUCUCUUUCAUUGUAUAUAUUGCUUUGAAUACAUAUUUGCGUAAUACGGACAGAAUGAAUUUCCCGGCUAAUUUGGAAGUUAUUACACGUGAUUUUCAUUCCAGUAGCAUUUUUCUAUAUAAUUAAGUUUACUCUGAAUUAGUUAAGAUUAAUAUGCAUGAGAUAUACUUUUGUCACUUAUAUUCAUUAGAAGGUAUUAUUCGAAUACGAAUUUAUCAAUGUCUAAACUGUAAGAGUGGUGAAAAUAAAGAAAAUAUUAAUGUUA